AUGGUGACAUGCAGAGACACGACUGCAACCGCCUUCGUCGCAGCAACUCUUCCCACGCGCGCCGCCCUCGCCGCAAUGCCUGCUCCGCCGCCGCCGCCGCCGCCGUUCAAUAUCGAAAAAGACACCAUGACAACCCCGAGCACAACACCACACUCACCCGCCCCCACCGGCGUCAACACCGCCGCCACCACCCUCCUCCCAGACCACCUUAACCCCCGCCACUGGCCCCCUCACAUCAAACACCUCACCGCCCUCCUCACCUCCCUCUCCCAACUCAUCACCCUCAUGACCGCCUCGAUCCUCGCGCCCGCCCUCCCCCGCAUCUCCGCCUCUCUGCGCCUCUCCGCCUCGACCGCCCUCCUCACCCUCUCCAUCUACCUCCUCGGCCUCGGCUUGGGCCCUCUGGUCCUCGCGCCCCUCUCUGAAGUCUACGGCCGCCGGCCCCUGUGGCUGUAUUCCCAAAUCUUCUUCAUCGUGUGGAACAGUCUGUGUCCCGUGGGUGCGUCGCGGGUGUUGAUGGUGGUGGGUAGGUUCUUGGCGGGCGUCGGCGCGAGUGGUGGCGGCGUGCUGGCGGGGCCGAUCAUGAGUGAUAUUUAUGGCAAGGAGGAGAGGGGGCGGGCGCUGGGGCUGGCGAUGCUGUUUCCGUAUUUGGGGCCGGCGGUGGGGCCGAUUGUGGGGGGCGUUGUGGGGGAGAGGGUGGGCUGGCCGUGGUUGUUUUGGGUGGUGAGUCUGGCGGAUGCGGUGGUGGUGGGCGUGGGGUGGUGGGGGUUGAGGGAGAGUUAUGCGCCGGUCAUUACCAUGGGAGAGGAGAGGAGAAGGGCGAGGGCGGAGGGAAGCGGGGAGGGGGUUGAUGGCGUUGGGUUCGUGGGGACGGUCGGGGUGCUGAGGGUGAGCGUGAUGAGGCCGCUUGUGCUGUUGUGGACGAGGCCGGCGCUGCAGGUUAUUUCGUUCCUGUAUGGCUUGGAUUUCGGGUUGUAUACCAUCGUUCUUUCAACCUUUGCGACUCUCUGGAUCGAGCGAUAUCACCAGUCGGAGACAGAGAGCAGUCUGCACUACAUCGCCAUCGCGAUGGGCAGCACUAUCGCGUCUCAAGGCGGUGGAUUCCUGACUGAUAUCAUCUGGCGCCGUCUUUCGGCAAGAAAAGGCAAGGGCAACGAGGUGCCAGAGUUCCGGAUGCCGAUGCUAGCCAUCUCCUCGGUCAUCAUGCCGCUGGGGCUGAUUUGGUACGGCUGGGCAGCGGAAAGACGAGACCACUGGCUGGUAGUCGACGCCGGCGUGGUGAUGUUCUGCCUCGGCUGCUUCGCCAUGUCGCAGGCGCAGCUCGCAUACUUGCUGGAUGAAUUUGUCGAACACGCCGCCUCGGCGAAUGCAGGCGCACGAGUUCUCUCCUUUACCAGAGCUUGGGAUAUGGAUGGGGCAACACGCUGCUUGCGUUGA